AUGUGUCCCCCUCUCGGAAUGUUCUCGAAUCCCCAUCAGCCCGAACAGUACGAUUAUAAAACCAUUAUAUGGAGCGAAAGCAUAAUUAAUAACCAGGGUAUUUUAGGUCACGGAAAUCAGAAAGCGACCGUGUCACUGGUCAGCAGUGACCGUUCUGUUCAGGGCCUGCUCACACUAACAGAGGUGAACAAUCGAGUGCAGCUGACGGGAUCGAUCGGCGGAGUUAGCCCUGGCCUCUACUCGUUCCAAGUGUACGAGAAAGGUGACGUCAGUAGCCCUUGCAAUUCCGUCGGUCUGCCGAUCGAUUUCUUUCGCCCACAGCAGGGGUCGGCCUCUAUCGCAUCUCCGACCAGUUCGCACUUCGAAUCGUUUCGUGUCGAUUCGCUAAGCAGCACUACCGUGAACAUAAACAGCUUAAGGGUAUCCCUGAACGGACCCAAUUCUAUCGUCGGGCGCUCCCUUGUUUUGAUACGGCAAGACGCAAACGGCAUUGUUGGCACCUAUGGAACCAAGGUCGCUUGCGGAGUAAUUGGCAUCGUGUAG